AUGGACUCCGAUCCACCGACGUUAGGCCUGUAUCGCAGGCUUCGACACGAGCGCUGGCGCUGGCACUGGUACUGGUACUGGUACUGGGGAGGGGGCUGCCGGUCGACUGAUGGUCGCUCGGGCGACGGGCGAGCAGGUCGUUCGACGGCCGGGUCAGGUCAUAUGCAUUCCAAACAACCGAAUAAACUCCGCGCGAGGGUAAUCGAGUGGUUGGUAGAUGGGAUGGCAGUCGGAGGAGGGGGGUUGGUCAAGAUGCAGGUCGAAGGCGGCGCUGAGAUGGAGGCAAACGGCCCGGCGACAGGUAACGUGACCGUCCUCGGGCCUUGGCCUCAAAGGGCGGCUUUGCUUCCGGCAAUGCCCUUUGGACCACUAAAGCCUUUGUAG